GCUUUGUGCUACUUGACCAUUAUGGCACCAAGAAGCCCCCUGUACAUGAGAAGCACCUUUCUCCUCAGUUCAAGAUGUGGGAUGAUUCAAUUGUCAAUAGAUAUCUUCAAAUAUACUUCAUCUAGACUUCUUAGUGUAAAGUGUAAUGAUGCUGGUCAUGCGUCUUUGGAGAAGGAAGUACUAUUGAGGAACUUAAUUACUAUGGGAGUAGAUGUUGACAUGGCGAAGAAACGCCAGCCUGGGGUUUUUAAUAGGAUGGUUACCAAUGAGCAGGGACUGAAGAGGUUCCUUCUGUCCAAAGGAGCUAACAAAGAAGUGAUCGCCAGCAUCAUAUCACGAUAUCCACGAGCCAUAACACGCUCACUUGAAAGUCUUAACACACGAUGGAAUCUGUGGAGAAAGAUACUAUCAUCAGAUCUUGAAAUUGUGAAUAUUUUGGAACGUUCUCCAGAAUCCUUUUUUCGAUCCAAUAAUAACGAAAACUUAGAGAAUAAUAUAAAGUACCUCUACUCGGUUGGAUUAACACAUAAAUGCCUUUCUCGCUUGUUGACCAAUGCGCCACGCACCUUCUCCAAUAGCCUUGAUCUGAAUAGACAGAUGAUUGAACUUUUACAUGAAGUCUGUUUGACCUUGGGCCACAAAGAUCCUGCAGAUUUUGUCCGAAAGAUAAUUUUUAAAAAUCCUUUUCUCUUAAUUCAGAGCACCAAACGGGUAAAAGCCAAUGUUGAGUUUUUACAGUCAGCUUUUAACUUGAGCAAUGAGGAGCUGCUGGCUCUGAUAGGUGGCCCAGGAUCUGAAAUCCUAGACCUUUCCAAUUACUAUGCUAAAAGAAACUACACGAAUGUCAAAGAGAAGCUGUUUUCUCUUGGGUGUUCUGAGAAACAGGUACAGAAGUUUGUUUUAAGCUUUCCAUCUGCAAUAUUCAUGGCAGAGAAGAAGUUUAAUGACAAAAUAGACUACCUUAUACAAGAAAAAAUUAGCAUUUUGCAAAUUAUUGAAAAUCCUCGGGUUCUGGAUUCAAGCUUAACUACUUUGAAAAGUAGAAUCAAAGAAUUGAUAAAUUCUGGGUAUGAUUUGAGUACAUCCAAUAUUACUCUUCUGUCUUGGAGUCUAAAAAGAUACAAAGCUAAAUUGAAAAAAUUAAAUGAGAAUGAAAAAGAUCUUUAG